CUGAACUCGAUGCACAAAUACCAGCCGAGGUUUCAUAUAGUGAAAGCCAAUGACAUCCUGAAGCUUCCAUGCAGCACCUUCAGGACCUACGUGUUCGCUGAGACGCAAUUCAUCGCAGUGACGGCGUACCAGAACGACAAGAUCACACAGCUGAAAAUUGACAACAACCCUUUUGCAAAAGGAUUCCGGGACACGGGGAACGGACGGAGAGAGAAGAGGAAGCUCCAGCAGUCUGGACGAAGGUGCAGAGAGGCGGACGGGAAGCGUGCUCCGGCAGCUGACUGCGGUGACGUCAGGUCUUCAGAUUCUUACACGAGUGACAGCGACAAAAGCUUUAACAGUGAGGAGUGUCCCGAACCGAAGCUGUUUCGAAGUUACCAUGGAGACCAGCCGGGGGUUUCCUUCACAGCAGAGACUCUGCAGGCCUCCCACCCCACAGAAAACUCCUCUGAUGUACCGCACGGCACGCAGGACUCAUGCAGAGAGCGCUCACUCUGCAGCAGCUUUGCACCCAACUGUGUUUACUCCACGGACUUUAACCGACACCUGUUGGAUGUGAACGCCUCGGGCCGUCUCCUCCAUUUGACACAAGUAAACAGCUGGUACAGAUGUGCCGCUGAUGGAGGCGUGUGGCGUGGUUUCAGACCGGCAGGGACUCCGCUGUCGGUCGCCCUCAAGCAGCACACAGAGCUCCAGGAUGUGAUGAACUUCCCACCAUACGGAGGCUUUCUCUUCUACCCGUACUCCCCCAUGAGUUCGUCAGUUCGGCACCAGAUCCCGGUCAUGCAGUCCAGACUGGAUCCCAGUUCCUCUCCCAGAGGUUCUGCACAGAGUUUAUUCUCCUCUCCGGUUUUAGCCUCAUCUGUUCUCCCAUCAAAGGAAAGCAGCUUCAGCUCCUACAAGCCAGAGUCACCAGCAGGGGGAGAACUCUGACUCAGAUUCCGACUGAUCUCCUGGAACCAAACAUAGUGUAAUGUCCCAGUCCUCCACGCCACCUGCAGUGCAGACUCAGAGGACAAAUGAACUGCGUUCUCUUAGACGCUGCAUGAACUUAAUGACAGUAAUCUCCUUCAUGUUCAAAAUGGUUGUUUCCAUUGAUUGAUUUUCAAAUGAUCUCACAUGCAAUAAAAAGAAAAGAAAAAAAAAGAAGAAACAACAAAAGUUUGAAUGAAAUAUCUGGGUUGCAUGUAAACAAAAGCACCACCUCCAAAUGCAUCACUGUCAGAGGAAAUGUUAGCUCUGAUCUCCACAAAUGGUAACUGUUCAAGAGAGUC